CGACAACGUCCUCUUUAUUCGAAUCUAAUUUACUUUUGACUUGAAACAGACAGUUGCUAAACAGACUAAAGAAAGCCUGAAUGUAGCUGGCGUAAUAGCUUUUAGAAGACAAGGAUGUCUCUUUCCAAAGAAUCAGCCGUGGGAUUUCAAAAGCAGAAGGGUGAGUAGGGCUGACUGCUAACUUUAGCAACCCAAAACUACUGUUACCGUAACUUUGUAUGUGUUGUGUUAAGAGUAAGAUACGCCACACUAGCUGUAUAAAGGAGCUUUGUUAGUUCGGCUUUAUGUUGUCAUCUGUCAAUCUUGCACACAUUGUUGUCUUUCCGCCAGGAGGGAGAAGAGGAGGGGGGGGGGGGCUCAGACCGGGAUGUCCAGGCCGAGGAAGAGGAUGACACAACAACCAGAGGGACAGAAGAACUCAGGCUCGUUCUGAUCGGUAAAACCGGGUCUGGGAAAAGCGCCUCCGGUAACACCAUCCUGGGCCACAAACACUUCCUGUCUGAGCUGAGUGCCCGCUCCGUCACGCAGGUGUGCGAGCAGGGCAGUGCUGAUCUGGAGGAGCAGGGAUCCCCGGGGGGAGAAGCGGGGAGGAGGAGGAGGAGGAGGGUGGUGGUGGUAGACAUGCCUGGGUUCGGAGACACGCGUCUGCAGGAGGAGGAGACUCACGCUGAGAUAGCCAAAUGUGUGACCCUCUCCGCUCCUGGCCCCCACGCCUUCCUCCUGGUCAUCCCGUUGGGCCGCUACACCCAGGAUGAGGCGCGGGCCGUCCACAAGAUGGCGCAGAUAUUCGGGGAGGGUGCGGUGUGUGACCACACCCUGGUCCUGUUCACCCAUGGGGAUGAUCUGGAGGGGAGGGGGAUAGAGGGGUACCUGAGGAAAGAACCCCAGGAGGAGCUGAGGGGUCUGGUAGACAGGUGUGGGGGGAGGUACCACGUCCUGAACAACAGAGACCCUGGAGAUGUCCAGCAGGUCAGGGAGCUGCUGAGGAAGGUGGAGAGCAUGGUGGAGGAGAACGAAGGAGGUUUCUACACCAACGCCAUGUUCCUGGAGGCAGAGGCGGCCAUUAGAGAAGAGCAGGAGAGGAUGGUGUUGGCGAUGGAGAGAGGCCAGGAGGAGGGAGAGGAGGAGGCCAAAGUUUCUAAAAGAAGGAAGUGUGAUCUCGAUUGGGAGGGGCUGAGAGGAGGGGUAGGGGAGGGCGUCUCAGGAGGAGGGGUGAGGAUGAGAGGCCUGGAGAGGGGAGGGUCUGGGGGAGAGGGGAGGGAGGAGCGGAGGCUGGAGAGGUGGACGGAGGAAAGGAGAGGGAGUGCCCUCAGCCUCCUGAGUGACAGGGCAGAGAGGGGGUGGAGACAGUUUGAAGGCAGGCGUGGCGGGGUCGUGAGUCACAGCAGGAGGCCGUCCUUCCGUUCAGCCCUGUCUCGCUUCCGGAGGGAGGCGGCCCUCUCCGGGAAGGUUCUGGAAAGGGUGAAGAUCCUGGUGGCGGCCGGGGCCACGGGCAUGGCGGUGGGAGCGGUGUUCGGGGCAGCAGCCCCGCUUGCGGCGGCUGCAGGGGCAGCGGCUAUGGGGAACACGGUGGGCUUCGCCGCAGGACAGCUGGCCGGUAUGUCAGUGGCGGGGGGCGCCGGGAUGGGGAAGGCCGUGGGGGCCAUAGUGGCGGCAGCGGCCGGGAAGACAGCCGUGGCGCUGGGGGCGGCCACCGGGGGGCUGCUGGGGGGGUCCGUGGGCGCCCUGGCCGGGGCGGAGGCUGCCGGGCCAGGGGAGGCAGCCCUGGAUGCCCUGGGGCAGGUGAGCCUGAUGGGGGCGGCGGCAGUGGGGGUGGCAGCCGGGGUGGGGGGCGCCGUGGGGGCUGGGGCUGCCCUGGGGGCGGCCCUAGAGGGGGCCACUGUGGGCGUCACUGCCCUGAACGGGGCUGGUACAGCUGCUGUGGGGGCGGUCGGUGUAGCUAACUCUACUGUAGCACAGGGGGUGGGACAGGUAGCUGCCCUGGCGGGGCAGCAUGCUGUCACCACCGGGGGCAGUGUUGCUGCUGGAGCCAUCCAGUGUGCAGGGUCUGGGGCGGCAGGGGCCACUGUGGGGGAGGCGGUGGCGGCCGGAGGGGUCAUGUCGGACGCCGUGGGCACCAUGGGGGCCACGGCACGCAUCCUGACGGCGGUGGCAGAGAUCGGGAAGGCUGCAGCAGGCAUGGCUCUGGCGGGAGGCCUGGUGGUCAAGGUGGUGAGGGAGAAGGUCAGGUCCACCAUGGACAACAACCACUCAGAGAGGAGGUCCUACGAGAUCUACUGGAACAAAUGAGGGACAAUCAGAACGGCUCCAAACGAGAGAAGAGCUGGAAGAUCCUUCACAGGACGGCUCCAUCUCCACACAACCUUCAAAGUUUGGAUUCUGGUUGAAACUGGUUUAUGUCUUAGCAUCUUAUCACAAUCAGACUUUAUUAUAGCGCUUGGCUAUGUACUUCUUACACUCCUGCACACAUAACUGACAGUAUUAAGUAUAUCUGUUUUGGGGUUAUUAAUGAUCCACAAGGAUUUACCUAGAAAGUUAAGUAUUUAUGCAGUAAAAGCACAAUUCACGGUUUUUGAAAUGAAGUUAACUAAUGUGCACUUACAAUAUUUGUAUUUUUUGGUGUGCACUAACAGUAUUUGUAGAAUUGAUUUUCAGAGCUAUUUUAAUAUUGAUGCAUUUAAUUAAAUUAUAUUGAGAAAAACGACUGUUAGUAACAUAGGAGACUAAUAGUUAUUUAGCAGGAAUUGCAGUUAUUGUGCACUUGUCAUGUUCACAGUUAUGAACUGAGACUCAAUUGUAAUGGUUGUUAUGACUUGUUAUUUUAUCAAUAACUGAUAAGCUUUGUAUCCAACUGACAGGAAAUAGAUCGCUGGGACAGAGGUGCCUUUUUAAAAUGUUUCCCACAAUUGUUUUUAAUGGAACCAAAAGAUAAAAAAAAAUAAAAUACGUUUUAGAGAAA